UGUAAAUUCCCAAAAUUAACCAAAUUCCAUGAACACCGGGUUGUGUUCUACCUCUGCGCAGUUCUGUCGCUCCAAUAAUAAUACCUCCGGCAACAACAUCCACCAUCAUCCGUUCACUGCCAACUCCACCUUCCGCGCUUCCGCAGCCGCCGUUUCCGCAACGCCGGCCGCGACAUCAGGCGGUGGGAAGACUGUGGGACGGUGGCUCAAAGACAGGAGGGAGAAGAAAAAGGAGGAAACCCGUGUACACAAUGCGCAACUCCACGCCGCUGUUUCUGUCGCCGGUGUUGCGGCAGCUAUCGCCGCUAUUGCUGCGGCCACCGCUGCCUCGUCGGGCUCCGGAAAAGAUGAGCAAAUGGCUAAGACUGAUAUGGCUGUGGCCUCUGCGGCUACGCUUGUCGCUGCGCAAUGCGUUGAGGCUGCCGAAUCCAUGGGUGCUGAACGCGAACAUUUGGCUUCUGUCGUCAGCUCCGCUGUUAACGUUAGAUCAGCCGGCGAUAUAAUGACGUUAACUGCUGGAGCGGCCACGGCCUUGAGAGGGGCGGCCACGUUGAAGGCACGUGCGUUGAAGGAGGUGUGGAAUAUAGCGGCGGUGAUUCCAGUGGAGAAAGGAAUGGGUGGGGGUGGAAAUAACAAUAAUGGGGGUGGUAGUAACAAUGGUAGUUCUAACGGUAGUUUCAGCGGUGAGCUUGUUCCUGAAGAUAAUUUCUUAGGUAUUUGCAGCAGAGAAUUGCUUGCCAGAGGUUGUGAGCUACUAAAGCGUACCCGUAAAGGUGAUCUUCACUGGAAAAUAGUUUCUGUCUAUAUUAACAGAUCGAACCAGGUUAUGUUGAAGAUGAAGAGUAGACAUGUUGCUGGGACCAUCACGAAAAAGAAAAAGAAUGUUGUGUUGGAGGUGAUUAAAGAUAUGCCCUCAUGGGCAGGCCGCCACUUGCUUGAGGGAGGUGAGAACAGGCGAUACUUUGGGUUGAAGACAGUUAUGCGUGGAGUUGUAGAAUUCGAGUGCAAGAACCAGAGAGAGUAUGAUAUAUGGACUCAGGGGGUGUCAAGGCUCCUCACUAUUGCUUCAGAAAAAAGUAAUAGACAUAGAGUUUAAACUGUUGUUUACAUGGGGAAAAUUUGGUAUAUUAGAUAAUGGGAAUAGGGCUAAUAGCCCUUAAAACAAAAAAUAUCAUAUGUUCAAGUAAAACUACUGGGCUGUUCUUUUGGUGUUUCUAUUGUAAAAAUGUUGAAAUAUUAAAGAGAAGAAGUCCAAAUGGGUCUCUUUACUUUAAUUUGGGGGGAUUAUAUCUUGAGCUUUUGUUGUUAUUUUGAACUGGAAAGAGUAAAGUGAUUUUGAAUCAAAGCAAAGCAAAGAAAACCAUGUGACACUGGCCAUUGUUGUGGAAAGAAAAGGAGUAUCUUGGACUGAGAUGGUCAAAAAGGCAAGAAAGGAAUCCCAUUUUGAGGAGAGGAAUAUAAAUAUUGAAGACAAAGACAUACCCAGAUUCUAAGUGCUUUUAUUUUUGUAUUUUUAAUUUGUGGGCUGAUGCCUUUGUCCUUUAUUUAUUUUUUUUGGCUCUUUGUUUUAGGCUUUCGAUAUGGUGGAACCAUGAUUGUCUUGAUUUGUAAUCUUCCACUUUAUAUAUUAGUUUUGUUUGGAUUUAAGUGAUGAA